ACGAGGGUGAUGAUCAUUUUCAUCUGUUUCGUUUCCUUUCCUUUCGUUUCUUAAGUGCCAUUUUUGGCUUUCGCUUUGGCUUUUGCUGUGGCGCCAAAUGUGAAGCCAAAGAGGCUCUCCACUCAUUGUAAAAGAGAUGGCUUUCCAAGCAAAACUUCAAGCUCACACCCAACCUCUCUCACUCUCCUCCUUCGACACCCUUUCCACGCGCCGCUUCGGUCCGUACAGAAGCCGUCUAUCUCUCGCCGCCGCCGCCACCACCACCACCACCACCACAAAAUCCCCUUCUCUCCAAGUAUUGGCUUUUGCCGUUAAGAGAAGCCCUAAGCGCCUCAAAUACGCAAGUCCCCGCUUUACCAAGGAGGAUGAAUUGGUGUAUGUUGAAGUUGAUCCAUCAGGAGCUGAUAGCUGGAAGUUGGAACCGGUUGUGAAUCUCUUGAAAGAGGGAGCUGUUGGGGUCAUUCCUACUGAUACCGUGUAUGCACUAGUUUGUGAUUUGAGAAACCACUCGGCAAUUGAGCGACUUCGAAGAAUUAAAAACAUAGAACCUCUAAAGCCCCUUAGCAUUUUAUGCCACUCCUUCCGGGACAUAGAUAUAUACACAACUGGAUUUCCUAGAGGUGAUGGCCAAGGCCACGCAAACAUAUUCCGGGCCGUGAAGCAUUGCUUGCCUGGGCCUUACACCUUCAUCUUAUCGGCAAGCAAAGAAUUACCCAAACAGUGCAUAAGGUACGGGACUACAACCGCAAAAUACGCGUCAAGGAAAAAUGUUGGUAUCCGAAUGCCUGAUGAUGCAAUAUGUCAAGCAAUGCUAGAGAAGAUGGAGGCACCAUUGAUAUCUACAAGUGUUAAGGGCCCCAAGGAAAAUGAGUGGAUGAUAGAUCCUGUGGUUAUAGCUGAUACCUAUGGACCAGAGGGCCUUGAUUUUGUCAUUGAUGGUGGCUUGAGAGUCGCUGAUCCGUCAACUGUAGUUGACAUGACUGUAAUUCCUCUGAAAAUCGUACGUCAAGGAAAGGGACCAAAGUUACCGUGGAUGGUUGUGGAAGAUUAAGAGGAAUCCGCGAAUGAAAAAAGAAGAUCGCCUCGUCUGCCUCUGCCGGCUUGAACCUUGAGGAAAAUACCAUUUGGAUGCCCGCGUGUCUCAGUCGUUUUUCGUCAUCUUUGAUUUAAGUUUGUUACACAUGUAAAAAAUAGUGUACAUACAAGCUCAGUCGAGAAAUUCGAUGGUUAGAACAAUGACAAUCAAUAUUGGAUGUCACUUCCGUUUUACAUGUAUGUUUCUCCUUAAAUAAAUAAAUAA